CUUUUUUUAUCAAUUUACACCUGUUUUGAAAACACAAUUAAACAAGUGAAUAUUAAUGCUUGUCAUUUUCAUUAAAUGUAUUUUCAAUUAACGAUCUAGAAAUACGGCAAUAAUAUAUUCAUAUACAAAGAUUUAUUGUGAUUAUGUCCUCCAGUCGUAAUAUUUGUACAAUACCAAGCCCAAGAAAUAAAUUAAAUUUGAAAGAAAUCAUAGCUCAAGGACGACAAAGAGAAAAUAAACAUGUUGAUGUAGUUUUGGAUGACCCAUAUGAAAACUAUUCCCAAAAUGUACAUCUGACAAGAAAAUCGACUGCUCUGCAUUUUUCAUUAAAUCAGCAUGAAUGUCUUUGGGACAAGAAUCAUCCAGAGACUCCAAAAAGGUAUCAAUAUAUAGAAAAACGACUUAAAGAACUUGAAUUGGAUAAAAGAUGUGAAUGUAAAUAUAUAACAGAAAGUUCACCGAAUGUGGAAUCACUCAUUUUGACAAAGCAUAGUCGUGAAACAUUUGACAAUUUGAAGAAAUCUUGUAAAUUAAAUGUCAACCAGAUGGAAGAAGAAUGUUCAAAACAUGAUUCCAUUUACAUGAAUGAACACACUUUUAACAAUGCAAUAAUUGCUGUGGAGACUGUUUAUAAUCUUGCCAAGUCAGUAUCUUUAAACGAAUUUCAUAAUGGUAUGGCAAUUGUACGACCACCUGGGCAUCAUGCAAUGCAAAAUGAUUAUAAUGGCUACUGCUUUUUUAAUAAUGUAGCCAUCACUGCUGAGAACAUAAUAAAAGAGGGUCAUGCUGGAAAGAUAUUAAUUGUAGACUAUGAUGUUCACCAUGGGCAAGGCACACAAAGAAUGUUUUACAAUAGAAAAGACAUAUUGUAUUUUUCAAUACAUCGAUAUGAAAAUGGAAAUUUUUGGCCAAAUUUAGCUGAAAGUAACUGUUCAUAUAUAGGCGAAGAUGACGGACUAGGGUAUAAUAUCAAUGUGCCUUUAAAUGAAACAAAUUGCUCUGACAGUGAUUAUCUGGCAGUAAUACUCCACAUUUUACUCCCUGUGGCAUAUGAAUUCAAUCCUGAUUUGAUCCUUAUUUCUGGAGGCUAUGAUUCUUGUUUUGGGGACUAUAAGGGAGAAAUGAAUGUUACCCCUGCAUUUUAUGGCCACUUGAUUUCAUUGUUGUCCGGUUUGGCUAAAGGGAAAAUAGUUGUUGCUUUGGAAGGAGGCUACAAUAUAGACUCUUUGGCUGAGGGCGUAGUUAUGACAGUAAAGAGUUUGUUAAAUGAUCCAUGUGGCCCAAUAGAAAUGAAGCCUGUAAAAUCUUGUAUAACGGAUACUAUCAACAAUUUAAAGUUCCAUUUACGCAAUCAUUGGAACUGCUUUAAACAUGUUGAAUUUUUCGAUUUUCCUAAGCCAACGGAGAAUACAAACGUUGAAAGCAGCCUGUUGGUUGUUGGUGAUAAUGAGCAUUUGGUCUCUGAAAUGUACACAGGAGUUCCAGACGUUGCUCCAUUUCCCACAAGAGGUUCAUAUCCUUUUCAUGAGUCUGAAUUGUGUAGACAAUUUAGGGAUAUUAUUAAAACGUUGCGACAGACAUAUCAUAAGGAAGAAAAGUCCUUGACUGGUUACGCUUUCGAUACUCAAGUACUACUGCAUAAACCACAAGAUUCUGUCAAUAUUGUGGAAAAUCCAAAUCGAAUAUCGCGUAUUAUACAAGAGUUAGAAAAAAACGAGUUGUUAAACAGGAUGUUGGCCUAUACGAGUAAACCGGUAGCAUUCCAUGAAUUGAAAGAAAUUCAUGAUGAUGAUUAUCUAGAAAGAACGUUAAUUGAAGAGCAGUUACCUGAUACUAAAGAUUUAUAUGUUAAUUCGGAUACCAAGACUAGUAUAUUGGCAUCCUUGGGAGGUAUUUUUUCUUUGGUUGAUGCACUAAAUAAGCGAGAAAUAUCAAAUGGUUUGGCACUUGUACGUCCACCUGGUCAUCAUGCAAAAUAUAAACUAGCAGGAGGAUUUUGUUUUGUUAAUAACAUUGUAGCUGCAGCUCGUUAUGCCAUAAAAAAACAUAAUUACAAAAGAGUGCUAAUUAUUGAUUUUGAUGUUCAUCAUGGAGAUGGAACCCAAGAAUUAACGUGCAAGCAAGAUAAUAUUAUGUAUAUAAGUCUACAUCGAUACGAAAAUGGUACCUACUUUCCAAAAUCGAAUGAAGCUGGUCACACUUAUGUGGGAAUAGGGCCCGGGAAAGGUUUCAACGUUAACAUUCCAUUCAAUUGUUCCAAAAUGGGAAACUCCGAAUACCUAUUGACAUUCUUCAAUAUCGUUCUUCCAAUAGCUUAUUCCUAUAACCCAGAUUUGGUUCUAGUAUCAGCUGGAUACGAUGCUGGGUUGUUUGAUCCUCUCGGAGGUUAUUCUGUGAGUCCUGAAACAUACGGACAUUUAAUUCAAUUGCUCAAGCCCUUAUCUAAGGGACAUAUGUUAGUAUGUCUGGAAGGCGGUUAUAACUUAAACACUCUCGCAUACUCGGUUGUGAUGACAGCAAAAGCCUUGCUAAGUGAUCCUUUGCCAAUGCCAAAAUUUGUAUUGCCCAUUAAUGACAAUGCUAUUGAAACAGUAAGAAAUGUAAUUCAAACUCAGAAGGAGUUUUGGCCUGUGCUACAAAUAAACAAGAAAAUAAGCAAUGUUUUCUUAAAUCAACAAACAAGGGACGCUGUACAACUGAUUUUGCAAGAAUUUAAGAAUAAUGGCGUCAUAGACAAAGAAAAAAUUAAACAAGUGAUCAGUGAUAUAAAUAAUCUCCAGUCAAAUAAUUGAGUACCUCGUUACGUUGAAGAAUUACAACUUGAAAUACGUAUUUGUUUAAUGACAAUACUAAAUUGAAAAAUUAAUUUUAAAUGACUAAAUUCUGUGGUAAUUAAAUUGCAUUUUAAACUAAUAAUUUAGAAAACUUUGAUUGUAAUUCAUUUAAUUCCAAGGCGUUCGAUUUUAAUAAAUAUUAUUAAUUACAUGUUACUAGUCAUUAAUAUUUAUUUUUAUACUUCGCAAUAAAAUAACUAAGUUAA